AACAUUUUUUCCUAAAUAUUAAAAGAAACUACACGUUUGGAAUUGCAAAGUGAAGACGCUAUAGCCCAAGAUAUUAUUAAAUUUAUGGAUAUUUUAAAGAAUAGGAAUAAAAUCAUUAGAGAUUACUAUGUGUCGUCGCUUAUGAUUGGUUAGAAAACGUAGAGGUUUCUAAUCAAAAUAUUACAAUUAUCAUUAGCGUUUCCUUGACUUUUAGAUAUGUUUAAUAGCUUUUUGUGGCCAUACAAGUUGACCCUCCUUUCUCCCCCCCCCCUCGCAUACAUACUGAUAAUAAUAUUUAUUUGCUAUUGUCUUUUCUGGUUAGAAGAAGUUUACUGACAAGUACAUAAAUUGCUAGUUAGUUUUCUUACUCCAUUAUAGGUCGUACUAAAACUUAGCUUUGAUUGUCUUAUUUCAAGUGGAAAUACUAUAUUGACCUAUGAAUCAUGCUGAACGUAGCUGAUGAGUUAAGUAGUGUCUGAGCCAACUGUCUUGUGGCCUACAGAAACUUUGUAUCUAUCAUUUAAAUAUUAGUUGAUCUCUCGAAUAGAUGCAAAUAUAUAUGCCUAUAUGUGUAUCGACAACUACAAAUGCUUACUACUAUUGAGGAUCCAGUUUCAUUUCUACUCAAACAAAGUGAAACGAAGAGAGCAACACUCUGCUAUCUCUCAUCUACUUUCUCUUGGAAUAUACGAUGACCGGUUAUUUGAAUUCAAUUAUCCAUUUCAUAAUAAAAGACUUCUCCGAUAUCGCAUCUUACCUUUGUUCAAAGUUUCUUUCUCAGGCUUUGUGUUGACAACUAAUGCUAGUAUUACAGAUACACUCCCUUUGUGCUUGCUCUUACCUUAUAUUUCGUCCCUAAGGCCUCUCAUCAUUCGCUUUAGUUUCCUAAUCUAUAAUAUCGAAUUGGCCUAGGCAAUAUCUUUCAUACUGUAUGUUCCACAUUGGG